CACCCCUUUGUUCAGCGCUCAGGAGUGAAAUAUGACUUGCGGGUGGCCGCCUGAGUGCGCAUGAGCGCCGUGGACCGAGCGGCUAGUAGGGAGCAAGGAGUGCAAAACUACAAAAGAAAUAAACUCAGAUCAUUCAUUCGUUUAUUAUCACUAUAGUUUCGAACACGGUUGUAUGAAUUUUAGUUCCACGGAAGUUACUUUGGAAGCGGUCCUACAGUGUGGGGGUGGGUAGGGGGGGAAAGGAAUUUCUUAAAACGACAACAACAGAAACAAGACAGGAGGACGAAUUCCUAAAAUUGCAAUCUGUUAAACGGUGUCAUUUCAGUCUGAAGCAUGUGGGAAAGUCAUUAUCCAUAAAGGAACGUGUUUCUGCAGAACUAUCCUCAGUAAAUAUAACCCCAGUGCCAGCUUGCAGGUUAAAUAGUAGGUGGGGAUCCAGACUUGAUGCAUGGCAUUUGCAUGACUGCUUGCUUUGCAUGUCAACGUGGAAGUGACUUCAGUCAGCAGCACCCAUGGCUAAAAUGGCACACGUUAACGGCAAUAUGUCAGAAAAAGGAGAAGGUGUUGCACGUGUUGAAGAUGAGCUGGUGGUACCCUACUACUUGGAAACGCCUUAUGGUUAUCAGCUAGAUUUAGACUUCCUCAAGUAUGUAGAUGACAUUGAGAGAGGUAACACCAUCAAAAAGCUAAACAUCCAGAGAAAACCCAAAGUGGCCCGGCCUAGAGCAGCUCCACGGAGCAGCAGCGGGCAGUCUGAAUGGACCUCAACUGAAUCGCUGUCGUCCUCAAGCAGCGAUGAAAGCAAGCAAUCUCCAUUCUUCACAGCCCAAAAACAGACCCCUGGUUCUCAUGCCAGAACCAUAGGCACUUCUGAGGUCCCUUCAGCCUUCCUGGCCAGCCACGAAGGCAAGCUACUGCCUCCACCCUCCCCGGCUUCACCCAGGUACAAUCCACGUGUUGAGAAAACAUUGAUGGAGACACGGUGGCGGCUAGAGCAGGAGCGGCUGCUUCAUGAGCCGGUUUUCAAGGAACCUCCCCGCAGGAGGCUGGCCAGCUUCGGGGGGUUGGGUUCCACCAGCUCCCUGUCUUCAUUCCCGGGGUCAAGUGGUCAGAAUCAAGUCAUACACAAUGGAUACCAACCUAAUGGGGACUACAGCCUUAACUUCAACACCUUGAUGGGUAGCUCUAUGCGCCAUAGCCCUUUGAGCUCAGGGAUGACCACCCCUGUCACUAGUGUCAGCCCUAUGCACCUGCAGCACAUCCGGGAACAGAUGGUCGUGGCACUUAAGAAGCUAAAGGAACUGGAGGAACAAGUCAAAACGAUUCCUAUCCUGCAGGUCAAGAUCUCAGUCUUGCAAGAAGAAAAAAGGCAACUCUCCUUACAAAUAAAGAACCAAAAACCUUCCAGUCAGUUUCCAGGAAGCACUGGGUUCCGAAAGCGGUCUUACAGUGUUGGGAGUGCAGACCAUUUCAAUGAGCUCUCCCAGGUUGGAAAGGGGACAGAACUGCACAUAGAUUCUGAAGAUGAGCUGGACAACACUAAACAGGGCUGCCAAAGACUGGAGGAAUUCAGGCAGCUGACAGCAGACAUGCUGGAGCUGGGAAAAAAUAUUCACGACACCCUCCCAGACGAACAACCCAGACUCACGCAAACCCCAGUGGAGAAGACGCAGACUCGAGAGUACAGGUCUGUUGCUUCAGGUCCCAAUGAGAAUAUGAAUGAUGUUGUUGUUUAUCACAGGUCGCUGCGGCACCACCGAGAUGCUGGUGUGGCUACAGAGGUGGAAACGAGGACUGUGGCAGUUAGUGUGACUGAAGCUAUGCUUGGCAUGACCACCGAGGCUGAGGUGGAAAUUGAGAUGCAGCAUCAGACUAUUGAGGCCCUCAAGGACAAGAUUUACAGGCUAGAGGUCCAGCUGAAGGAAACCACACAUGAGAUGGAGAUGGGAAAGUUGAAACUGGAGCUUCGGGCAGCAGGGUCAAGGAAGAAGGUUGAUAAGGGUUCAAUGGCUAAACCAUCUGUUUACAGCACUGCAGUGGAAGCUAAAGUGACCAUGCAAAAUCAAGGUGUGGGAAAUCAUGUGGAAUACAAUGAUGCUUGCACUGGAAGUGUCUUUCAGUCACGUUCUGUGGCUGUUUCAUGCAGGAUUGAUGUGCAGCAUGUUGCUGUAGGUCCUGAUACACCUAUGGAUUCAUGGCUUAUGAAGGAAGGGGUGCAAGCUUAUGAUAAGUGUGUCGGCAGACACGUUGCAAUAUGUAACCAAAAUGUAGGAAUGGAAGGUGGCGUUCGUGAAAUUGGAGUCAAUAUCGAAGACGUCAAAGACAAUCUAAAUAUUUGCAAAAUAGGACGAUCAAAGAAUUAUACAUCAGUUGGUUGUGGGGACUGUUCUGUGGAUGUGAGGGUUUGUCCUAUGAAAGAUCUGGUUUCUGUUGGCACAAACACUGACCGAGUGCACCAUGUUGACUCUGAACUCAUGGUGGUACCUGAGACUAUUUCUCGUAAGACGUAUACAGAGGUUGAAACUGUAACUAAAUGUACAAACACAGAAAGGACUGUUUUCAAAGACUCCAGCACUAAUACUAGUGUCAAUACUCAAGACAAAUGCAUCAGCACAACUCCAGUUGAGACCAGGAGUGUGUCAGUGGGGGAAGGCCUUGUGAAAGAUGAAAAGUUGCUAAAAACUCGCUCUGUUGCUGUGGGAACUACAGGGGAUGCAUCUCUGGAUAAGCCAUCAGCAGUUAAGACCAAACACACUGGGGUUGGCACAGCCAAUAUAAACGACAACUUUCUGGUAGGGUUGAGAACAAGGAACAUUGCUUGUGGCCCCUCUUGGCUGCCUAACUCUACCAAAACCAGGAGCAUCGGAGUAGGAGAUGAGACCGUGGCAGAACCUGUGCAGUCUCAGGCAUGUCAGAGCCAAAUGGCUGCUGGGCUGGACCACUACAUCGAAAGGGUGCAGAAGCUGCUGCAGGAGCAACAGAUGCUCCUAGCUGAAAACUACAGUGAGCUGGCAGAUGCCUUUGGGCAGCCUCACACCCAGAUUGGCUCCAUCAACAACCAGCUGGUCAGUACCUUGUCAUCCAUAAACACUGUGAUGAAGUACGCCAGCUCAGAGGACAUCUUGAAGCUGUGUUCUGGUGCUGCAGGAACUGUCUCAGAUAUGGGUCAGCUGGCCGAGAGGAAGACAGAGGUGACCCAUGUAGAAGCAAUACUGUCCCAGUCAUCUUCAGUUUGUCCUAGACUUUCCACACACCAGCAGAGUUCGUCCACCCAGAAGAGCCUGAUGGACCAGCAGAUGUCCUCAGCCCUGCAUGGACAGCCUGGCAGCCAGAACACUCUCAAGUCAAUCAUGAAAAAGAAAGACAGCGGUCAGGGAGCCAACGGCACAAAAAAGAACCUGCAGUUUGUAGGUGUCAAUGGAGGGUAUGAGACAACGUCGAGCGAUGACUCCAGCUCGGAGGACAGCAGCUCGGAGGAAUCUGGGAGCGAGCAACAGGUGUUCGGUGGGAAGGAGGGGAGUGAGGAUGGGAGUAGAGCAGAGGAAUUCUGUAACAAGGGAGCCGUGGAAGGGCGAGCAGAGAGGAAUCCAGAAAAGGCGGAAUUUAGGGAGAGGUACGAGUUAAGUGAGAAAAUGGUGACAGCAUGCCAUCUAAUGAAGAACCAUCUGAAUGACUCCAAGGCUCUAGUCGGCAAAGACAUGAGGGCGUGCCUGAGCACACUGCAGCACGAGUGGUUCAGAGUGUCCAGUCAGAAGUCUGCAGUUCCAGCCAUGGUGGAAGACUACCUGUCAGCAUUCAGAGCCGUGUCCCCUGCAGUGCUGAAGCACAUUGUCAACAUGGCUGACGGCAAUGGCAACACUGCUCUCCACUACAGUGUGUCCCACUCUAAUUUUGAUAUUGUCAAGAGGCUACUGGAUGCAGAUAUUUGCAAUGUUGAUCAGCAGAACAAGGCUGGCUACACGCCCAUCAUGCUUGCUGCUCUUGCAGCAGUGGAAGCUGAGAAGGAUAUGAGGGUUGUGGAGGAGCUGUUCAGCAAGGGGGAUGUCAACGCUAAAGCCAGUCAGGCUGGCCAGACGGGGCUCAUGCUAGCCGUCAGUCACGGGAGGAUGGACAUGGUGAAAGCCCUGCUGGUGUGCGGGGCCAACGUCAACAUUCAGGACGACGAGGGCUCCACGGCGCUCAUGUGUGCCAGUGAGCACGGCCACGCCGAGAUCGUCAAGCUCCUGCUGGCCCAGCCCGGCUGUGACGCCACACUCAGCGACAACGAUGGGAGUAAUGCCCUUUCGAUAGCCCUCGAAGCUGGACACAAAGACAUUGCUGUGCUACUGUAUGCCCACGUCAACUUCUCCAAAACACAGUCCCCGGGGACUCCUCGCCUUGGGAGAAAGGCGCCCCCCAGUCCCACAGGGAGAAGCACUUUUGAUUAGUGCAUCUACUACUUCCUUUCCCCAUGCUGCUAUUGGUGCAUGUUGAUCUGAACAGAUACUGAAUGUAUUUAUAAGUGGAUAAUUUUGUGCCUGAGCUCACCAGCAAUGAUAAGCAGUCAGAAAGCAUUAUAUUACGCAUGUGCUAAAGACUAUUUAAACUGGACAAAGAUUCUUAUUACUUUAGAUACUGAAAGGCAGUAUUUGGAAAUAGCAUAUAGCUCAUGAUGCCUCACUUGUGCCUAUAUAUUCCAUUUUAUUUGUAGUUUAUACUGUCUCUAGAAAAUAAGAUGAUUCAAUCCUAAAACAUGCCUUAUCUUGUCCACAGAAAUGCUGUAUGUAUCGUAUUCUGUUUUAUUUAUAUAUUUUACAGUAUUAGCUUAAACUCUCCAUUUACUCAUUGUUUUGGAGGUUGCAAUAUUAGUGUGAUGGGAAUUUGUCAGCCUUGCACCACAAUACACAUUUUAUCCAUGUAUAUGUGUUUACAACACAUCAAAUUUACAUAAAACAUCUAAAUUUAAACCUUUAUAUACAAAUUUUAAAUGUAUUUCAGAAAUCGUAUUUUUACCCGAUUCAUAUUUUUUAUAAAUUUUAAGUGUAAUGAGUAUCAAUUUUAUUUUAAUUGCUUAUUCAUACAAGUUGUAUGUCACUGUAUAUAUGGUAUUACGGGGAGAUAUUAGAAACAACAUUUACUGUAGUAUUUUAUAUGUUUAGAAUUUUAUUAUUUAAAGUACUUUGACGCAUUGAAAUCUUAAGUGCCUUUCAUCUGCCGCAUAACAGAAAAAAACUGCUUUAAAGUGAUUAUUUUUAAUCAGCAUUCAGUCAGUUUUCUCUUAGAUGUUAUAGACAUUUAUAAUCUUUGCAAAAUGUCAAAUAUCUUACAUGUUGUAUAGCUCAUUGUCUCCCUCUGCUGGCAGUUAAUGGAACUUGCUUUAGCAGUUUUAGAUUUAAAAAAAAAGACACCGGAAGUGCCCAGCAGAUUCAAAUGCCACAUAACUGAGCAUAAUGCAUAGCAUAACACAUAACAAAACACAUAACAUUUAAUUCAGUGCCUCACGGUUACAGAUUGUCCUAAGACGUUGUGGUCUGUUUAAGCAUUUCUGAUGUUUUAAAGCUUGUUAUUUAAAUAAGAAAAUAGAUGUUGUUCAAGCUACAUUAUUUAACAGAAUAUUUCGCUAACCUGACUUUGAGUAGAAAAAACAGACCUAAGUCCGUGUAUUUACCAUACAGAAAAAAUGGUCACAGAACAAUAAGAAUUUAAUUGUUCUAUUUAUAAUGAUAUAAAAAACAUGUUCUUGAGAAUAUCCUGCCAUUCCAUAAAUAAAACCUUUUUGGAAUAUUA